GUCAACCGAACUUACUUGAUGUUCCUCACACUUUUGUUCCGAAUUUUGUUGACGAUUGUUGAGUGUUGGUCGACGUUUCUUCUUAUCAGUAAUCUGAGAGCUGGAGCAAGCAGGCACUUAUAUGCAUUCGCCAUCUAUGGUUUAGACAGUGAGUGUCUUUCAAGUAGAGCUAGCCUCGGGAGGCUACAUUUCCCGUAGAACUUUGCUGAAUUUGGAAUCCUGGGGAGAGUCAGUUGAGAGCUGCAGAUAGCCUUCAGCGAAGGCCAGAGUGGCGAACUCGAGGACGCCAAACUUUCGCCGGUUUCUGCGCUAACGUCGGACAGCAUGAAUAGGCUGAGAAAGUCGCUGAAGCGGGGUCGGACAACAAUCGACAAAGCGGCUGUAGCCAGAAGCAGAGCCGAAGAUGAAGCCUCGCAGGCACCCUCCGGAAACAGUGGUCCUCGCGGUAGGACUUACUCCGGAUCCGACCAGUUUCGCAAGCUUCGAAAAACAUUCCGUCGCGCACAAACGACAGUCACGGAGUCGCAUGCGGCCCCAGCACGGGCCGAGAAGAAAGAUUCCCAGGCCUCUGCAAGAAUGGCCAGCAAUCAAGGAUCAGAAACGCAGCUGAACGGUGCAAAGGAGGGCACUCCCAUGUCAGACGGAACAAUGACAGGAGUAGCUUCCACAGCAUCAGUAGCAGCUACAGCAGAGGCGCCAGUGCCUGAAUCCGCCGGUGGCAUCAUCGAGAACAGUGCAGCAGCAGCAGCAGCAGCAAUUGAAACGGCAGCCGCCAGUACUAGUACGGAGUCUACUGAGCCGCAACACUCCGAAACAGCGGCCGCAGCAGAAAAAGCAGAUGUGUCGGCUUCUGCAAGUAAUACAUCAGUGGCAAAGGCAACAACAGUAGAUACAAGACAGUCGAAUUCUUCUUUGCUAUCGGCCACGACUUCUAAUGACACUCAGCUUGAUAGUAACGCUAGCAGCACGCAAACAACGCCGUCCAAAAGUGCCGCCAAAAACCCUUUCAAGUCCAAGCUUGCCAAGAGCGCGUCGGAAAAGUCCAGCGACCACUCCAUCCCUUCGCCGGCUGUUCUCUGGGGUGAAGCGGCAGCCAGCAAAGCCCAGUCGGAGCACGAGCAAGAACCUGCGGCAAAUAACCGACCGCCCCUGGCCGCCACUGCCAGUCUCGGAAGCAUCAGUGAAAUGAAAUCCGACAGCAGUGAGCCGUCCACGCCCGGCAAGAAAGGAAAGCGUCGGGCGAUAUUCGGCAAGAGGAGCGCCGGGGAAAAGGAGAAAGAGAAGCUGAGCAAGGAAAACUCCAAGGACAAUAGCAAACCGGACAAGAAAGGUUUCCUGCGUCGAAGCAAAACUGUGCAAGGCAAACAUAGCUCAGAGCCAGUGAAUGCCGGCAACGAGCUACUGAACAACAAAGUCUUCCUCAAGCAGCAGAUGAAAGUCCAAGAGGCGGAGGAGAGCCCAGCGGACGCAGCUGCUGCAGGAGAGACGGGCAAGAAAGGCAAGAAGGCGACAAAGGCGCACAAGGAGGUAGGCAAGACGGUGUCCUCCACCUCGGCCGGUGGCCAGAUACGGCGCCCGGCUGGUGCUGUCAGCGUCGGCAUCACCGGCCUCGAGACGAUCAAACUGCGCAGCGUAGAAGUCACCAUCGACUCGGUUGACACCGACAACGGCAGCAGCACUCUCGACGACAGCGCCAGACGGGCUCGCACGGCCAGCUUUGCUUCUAACCGCUCGCGCACGCACACCGCGGGCGCUGUCAGUCCGCUGGCCGAGGUUCGGCAACGCAUGGCCAACAAACGUAAGCAGCAGGCUCAGGCGGCUGCAUUAGAGAAGGCUGAGAAAGACGAGAAGUCCGAGAAAGACGCCAGCACUGAAGUGAACGAACUGACCAAGAAUGCUCUCUUCAAGAAAGCCGUACGCCAUGCCAGUGUUGAUCUAGCUGAGGCCCCAGUUGUUGAGCCCGGUACAGCUGAUAGUACAGGUGACAAGGCCCGCCGCGAUCAAUCUCCAACAAAAUCCCGCACCGGGCAAUCCACAAGCUCCACAUCGCUUCAGACGGCACCCGCAGCUAGCUCCGUCUCGAGCCUUGCCGGUGCCUUCGCUAGGCUUGGCUCUGCCUCGAGUCAGCCAGCUUGCAACUCAGUCAGCAGCAGCUCUGGCCAGGUCACUUCCAACACCGUAGGCACCUGUGCGCCCAGGCGGGCAAGCAACAGCAGCGUGCAGGCAUCUGCUGCUUCACGUCCGGUUGGCAGCAGCUCUCUGCACGCUCAACAAUCACCCAGCCAGAGCUCAGCAGCACCGGAGACUGAGCCAACCGCCACGCCUCAACAGUCCCAUGCGCCUCCGCUCAAGGGAGCGGUCACCAUCGAGGAAGAUGACCUUAUGCCAAUGCCGUCGUCACAACCUGUCAUCUCCUCCACCAUUGAGCCUGUACCUCUAGCCGGCUACUCGACCCUCCAAGACUUGGAGAAUGCCGAACAGAAAUUAGGAAACAGCCACCCGAAAGUGAAAAAGGAGAGUUCUUUGGGGGCACCGACCAGUACCAGAGUGACUGCAAACUAUUCCAAAGUGAAGAUCACACAGCGCAGACGCAGUUCAUCGCGAUCCUCCAUCUCGGCCGACACUCCAUCCACUGAUCCUGAUGAAGCACCACCGACACUCCCACCGGCCACCACUAGAAAGGCCCGCAUUGAAGAAGCGGAGGAAAAGCAACAGCAACCAGUACUUGAGCUUAGCCUGGAGCCAGGGGGGGAGCCCACACCAGCCAUGACAACAGACUUCUCAUUACCAUCGCCUCCCAAUUCUCCCAUGUUCGGCGGAAUGUUGCGCUGGAGCGUGAGCAGUGCUCAAACGGCUCCACUGAUGGAUCCCGACGCCAUCUCGUUGCCACCACCACCACAAGAGAUGGGCCCCGGAUCUGCAACUGAACUAUCGGCGGCGGAUAAUUGUCCAACGCCGUACACGGACAUCCUGACAAGUGCUCAAACGGCUUCGCUGAUGGAUCCCGACGCCAUCUCGUUGCCACCACCACCACAAGAGAUGGGCCCCGGAUUUGCAGCUGAACUAUCGGCGGCGGAUAAUGAUCCAACGCCGUACACGGACAUCCUGACGCCCAACCCCAAUAGUACUAGUGAGAUGCUUGGCGAAUGCCAGACUCGGCAAGGACACAAUAGUGGAACUCAUCCAGUCGAUGCGGUGUCACCACCAUUUGUGGGUGAUCUACCACCGCCGCCGCCAGCGGAGACCGAAUCAUGUGCACCACUGGCCAUGCCGUCGGGGCCGUCUCUACGCUCGCUGCAGAGCAAGACCUCCAACAGCAGCCUGUCCGACAUGCAGCUGCUGGAUUGCAACAGUAGCCUGAACCUGAGCACGUGCGCGGGGGCGUUAGCAGCACCCAUGCAGUCCUGCUCGUCGCGUACCGACACACUGCCCGACAGCGUGUUUGGCUCAACACCCGGCUCGCUGACGACGCUGAGCAGCUCCGUGGGCGCUAGUGUACAACUUCCCAUGGUCAUAACCAAUCAGAAGGUGCUACGCGAUGACCAGUUUCUCAGCUCGACUGCACUUCCUUCCUCACCAUUCUCCGCCGACAACAACAACACUAUGUCGUUUCCCGCUCCGCCGCCAUCGUUAGAGCGCUCCCAUUUGGCUAGCUUGGCUGACGAUGUGCCAGGUUGAACGCCAUAUGCACACACGUAGCGUCACUAGAACCGUAUCCUUAAUAUCUCUUUCUUUCUCUCUCUCUCUCUUUCUCUCUCUCUCUCUCUCUCUCUCAUUCUUCCUCUGUAAUGGCAAAUGAGUUUACCGACGUAGACCCACCCACCAGUCCUUGUAUGUUUCGUGAUCGCCUUCCGACGGAAGUUGACGACUGGUGUUAAGCUGCUGCCAGUCUAGGUUCCGUUGCGUGUGACAGCCUCUACCGCGCUAGAUUGACUAGCACAGCUGCUCUCUGGAUCCAUACCAGUACGUGUUAUCAAGCCUUGCCCGGGCGCGGCUGAAUCUCUUGCUCUACGUUGAUAGUUAUGUGUGUGCGCCGGAUAUGGCUGGUACGCUUGUGGUGGGUGAUGUGUUCCUCAUACCCCAUUUUGGUCAAAGACAGGCUGCAAGCGGCACAGGUUGUGUGUAUGCAGAUUAGAUUCAGUGCAAGACUGGGUAGCUUGACGAUCAUAAUGUCUUCUCCAAAUACGUAACUCCCAAUUGUUGACAGUUUGGAUCCAGUUUUCUAGCCUCGUGAACGACAUCUACGUCGAGUUGAUUGAGACGUUGCCAGAACGUUACGUGACCUACCACUUUCACUUGGCUGUUGCAGGCUGCCGUGCACACUUUCUACCAGCCACCCACCACCAGUAGUUCCAUGGUUGUAUUGGAAGUAGUUCGUUGUGAAAGUGAGAAUCUUUGACGUUCUGCAGACUGCCCUCCCUGUUCAAAGUUCAUUAACCUGUCUUGUGUAUGUCUCCUUCCGUAUUGUCAUGUGCUGCAGCAAGUCGGCCCCAUCCUCUCUUUCUCUUUCUCUCUCUCUCUCUCUCUUUCUCUCUCUCUCUCUCUCUCUCUCUCUCUCUCUCUCUCUCUCUCUCUCUCCUUUUCUCUGUCAUGUUUCAGUAGAUAUGUAGAUUAGUCUUGUUUGUUUGCACCCAUCUGCUAUAGGGCAUGCGUCCUGUUUCCUGCGGCUGCUUCGUACGUGUUGCACGUUGCCUAUACGCAGCCCCUUCUUUCCCUUGAUAAUGGCAUGCUCAUCUCUUUCUUCUUUCCAAGUCUCUUCUUGCAGCAUCCGUGUCCUUGGUCCCGUUCGUAACACACUUCUUGCACAUCAAUGUUCAAGACUUGAUCCUAUUCCGUAAUUUCCACCACGCUGUACUAGCCGUUCACACACACAGUGCAGCGUUAGUACUGCUCUCCAUGAGAGCUAAUCCCUGUAGAAAUUUGCACGCACGCUCAGCGCGUUUACGCUGCAUUCCCUAGAGAGAUUUAAUUAGAUAUUUAUUUAUUUAUUUUCCCGAAAAGAUGAAGCAUUAUCUAUGGGUUUUUUUUCUUCCUUAGGCAGUUUGAAUUGACUAACGUUGUUCUCAUUAUGGUUAUUGGCAGAUAUAAUCAUGGGUGCACGCUAUCAUGGUACAACUGAUUAUAUUACAUCUGUCCACUUCUCUUUGUUUGUAUGUACCACAGCUAUUCUGCUUAUUUUGUCUUCGUGCUCUGUCGAGCUGUCAAUGCACGUUCUGUUCAGAGCUUCCUGAA